AUAACAACUUCCGGUUCCCUGUGUUGUUUUGUUGUUCCCAGCCCAGCGAAGAUGUCUGCAGACGGUAGAUCAGACCGCCAGUCCCGCCCGAUGAUCCCCAGGGCGAUCAAGUACCUGUUCGGGCUGGGUCUGGGCGCCAGGGCCGUGCUGAUGAGCUCACACAUGUCGGGCUGGCUGCAGGACAGGCUGGAGCUGGCCUCGCCCGUCACAUCAUGGACCCGGAGUGAGUGGGGAGGGGGGCGGAGUGAGUGGGGAGGGGGGUGUUCGGUGGGUCUGGGCGCCAGGGCCGUGCUGAUGUCCUCACACAUGUCGGGCUGGCUGCAGGACAGGCUGGAGCUAGCCUCGCCCGUCACAUCAUGGACUCGGUUGACUGAAGGUUUGAGCCUGCUGGAUCACGGGAUCUCCCCUUAUGAAGGGGACAUGUUUCACGAGACGCCGCUGGUCCUGAUGCUGUUCUACUGCCUCAACAAGAUCUGGAGCGGACUCAUCCCCAUCUUCUUCCUGCUGGUUGACUGGCUGACAGCCAUGAUACUGCAUGAGGUGGGCCUGGAUGUCUGCAGGCAUCUGCUGGAGAAGCAGGGCCGCCAUGUGAAGUCCUACUCCACAGACUCCGUGUCGCUGCUGCUGACAGGCAAACAGCUCAGCAGCGUCCCCAGGCUCGUACUCGGCACGUACUUGUGUAACCCCCUGACGAUAGCCUCCUGUGCAGCCUUCUCCACCACAGCUGUGCACAACCUGGUCAUCGCCGGGGCUCUGCUGGCGGCCAUCAGAGGAAGGCGACUGGUGGCGACCCUGGCUACAGCCCUGGCCUCGUACCAGUGUGUUUACCCUGAAAUCUUCAUCAUCCCCGUAGCCAUGUACAUCGCUCAGCGUGAACACGGCAGUGGGUUUUCCUUCCGUGACCCUGCGUCUCGCCUGUCCCUGCUGCGGACGGUCGGCGCUCAUUUCGCCUGGCUCGGGCUGCUGUGUGCCGUGUCCUGCCUGCCGUUUGGGUCCGCAGCAUGGCUGUACUCAACACGGGGGUUCGUGCUGCUGGCCCCUGACCUGACCCCCAACAUGGGGCUGUUCUGGUAUUUCUUCACGGAGAUGUUCGAACAUUUCCGCAUCUUCUUCCUCUGCGUGUUCCAGCUCAACGCAGUCUUCUACGUCAUUCCUCUCGCCAUCAAGCUCAGAGACCACCCCAUGUUCCACCUACACCUGCUAGUGGGUCUGACUGCAGUGUUUAAGUCCUACCCGACGUUUGGAGACGCGGCCCUGUUCCUGUCACUGCUGCCGGUGUGGGGACACUGCCUCAAGUACAUGCGUAACCUGUUCCUGGUGGUGUGCAUGUGGCUGUACAGCAUCGUGCUGGCUCCUGUCCUCUGGCACCUCUGGAUCUACUACGGCAGCGCAAACGCAAACUUCUUCUACGCUGUCACGCUGGCCUACGCAACAGCACAGAUCUUCCUGCUGACAGACCUUCUGUACGCCUUCUUAAGACGUGAGUUCCACCUGCGCCAGGGGCCGGCGCCCAAGGAGGGGCAGGGCAUGCCCAUCCUCGUCAACCUCAAGUGAUGGCAGUCUGUGGCCUUCUCAUGUUCUUGUCGUGCUGUACAAAACU